AUGGCACCAAACGUACUAGGACAAUUAACAAUGAUCGAAGCGACAUCGACACUGUUACGUUUCUAUAACGACAAACACGUCUUGUCGCUAUUGACAGUUAUGGUGCGUCCACCGCGGUAUCGCCGCAUACAAAAAGAGCUUCCUGAACGGGAGGUUAUCACAGAACCAGCCCGACGCUCCAUUUACGACGUUCUUCAAACGAAUCUGAAGAUCGCAAAAAGGGUCUGCUACAUCCACCGACUGAUGUACAUAGGAGAGCACAACUUCUCGGUCGGCGACGUGGUCGAAGUCAUGGAAAAGAAUUACAAACAGACUAAUAGUGGAUACGGCACCGAGCCCCUGUCUGGCAUUUUGCUACAUUACUCGAAAUACUUUUGCUGUAUAGUAGAAGGCUCAGAGGAAGCGAUCGCGAAACACUUGCAUCUACUCUUCCACACCCAUGAAAAGGAUCUAAACAAUGUCAAGCUUUUGUCGCCGAUUCACCACGUGAAAGCGCGUUUUUUGAAUGAGUGGAUGUCGUACUACGGUCGACCCCCAGAAAGAGUGGAGGACAUCGACGCGGAGAGCAACCUGGAGAACUCGAUGAGAUACGUCACCGAAUGCUGCGAGAAGCUGUACCGCUUCGCGAACGCUUUCAUCAGCGAUCAAAUGAAAUUAAGAGCGGCAAAGGAAGAAGAGGAAAAAGACGACGAGAUCCCGCUACCCGGAAGUAAACCUCGUUCUCGCAGCUUGGUCGAAAGAGACAUAUACAGUGUCCACCUCCCAGAGAUAAAACUCUUGGAUUUUUUAACGUCGUGCAAAUACUUGAAAACUUUGAGUCAGUAUUACAAAUAUUACGAAUACAUUGGACAGUCGCAAGACUAUCGCUUUAAAACGUGGCCCGCCCCCAAGAACUUCGUCCCUUACGAUAUUUUCGACGAAACGUACGACCCUAUCACGGAUCUCCCAGUUGCGGCAGGGCAAGCCCCAGUAAUACACAAAGAAGACGACACGUCCCAGUCAGAAACGGAGUCGAUUAACGCCAGAACGGAAACGUAGUUUUAUUUACGAAUAUUAACAAACGAAU